AAGAAAUGGUCAAAUCAGCAAGUGAGAGAGAGAGAGAGAGAGAGACUGUAUCCUGAAAGAAUGUCGAAUGAGGCAUUACUGCAAAACAGGAGGAUGCGACUCUGAGCGACCUGGAUGGUGUACAUCUGACAAGCUGGCUUCCAAUGCUCUGCUGAUUGUCUCAUCAUGGACUUUGUCUUUACGUCCUCCAUUCCUGCCAUGUGUCAAGACUUUAACCUGUCGUUCUUCUGCCAGCAUGAUCCAAACUCCACAUCACCGUCUCCUCUCAACCCACCAAACUUUGGGAUGUCCUACUUCACCAUGACCUUCGGGGUCCUCUCCAACCUAAUUGGCCUGGCCAUCAUCUCCGCAUCCUACACACGCUUCCACCAUCGAGGAAAGACACCUUUUCUGCUGCUAGCAUUCGCUCUGCUUCUGAGCGACCUGGCCGGUCAUUUAGUCGCUGGCGCUUUUGCCUUGCACCUGCAUCUCGGAAGAGUCAGGAGGCAACGAGCAUCAAGCAGGGAGGCAGGCGAACCCCCUCAGGUUUUCUGCAAAAUUUUUGGUGCCUGCAUGGUCUUCUUUGGCUUGACUCCUCUCCUCUUGGGUAGUGCUAUGGCCGUGGAACGGUGCAUGGGCAUCACACAGCCGCUCCAGCACUCUGCUUUGGCCACCACAGCCCAUGUUCGCCUCAGUAUCCUCCUGCUCAUCACCAUGGCCUUUAGCUUUGCGGCGCUCCCCUUGCUCAAUGUAGGUACCUAUGAACCUCAGUUCCCCGGUACCUGGUGUUUCCUUCCGGUACAUGGCGCUCUCUCGAGUGCUGACGCCGGCCUGGCAUUGGCCUUCUCGAGCCUGGGCCUAGCAGCUCUAACAGUCUCUGUACUGUGUAAUGUUGUGAGUGGGCUGACGUUGCUGCAGGCCAGGAUUAACAACCAAGGAGCAAAACCGACCACCUCCAGGAGAUGCGGAUCAUCUAGUUCAUCUGCGCAUUCACUAGAUGUGGAGAUGAUGGUGCAGCUAGUAGUCAUAACCCUGGUGUCCUCUGUCUGCUGGAGUCCCUUCCUUAUUUACAUCUCCAUGUCAGUGAGGCAGUUCUACAGAGGCAAUACCAAUCCAGACCUGCAGUCUGAGCAGCUGCUGCUGCUGGGUUUGAGGAUGGCAUCCUGGAAUCAGAUCCUGGACCCGUGGGUGUACAUCCUCCUGAGACGGGCCGUGUUGCGGCGAGUGUGUGGUCUGCUUUGGCCCAGCAGGGUCAUUGUAACCCAGAGCAGCUUGUGCAGGAGUUCAGAGCAACAGGAAAUCCAUUUGUAUGGACAUCAACCUGCUCACACUACAUCUACAAGACCAAAAGAUGGCUGUUAAAAUCGCUAACGCAACACUAAUUCAUCAAUUUGUUCCAAUCGUGUUCCUGUACCAAACCAUUUCCAAACCAUGUCGCAGCAACAUGCAUGAGGUUUGCGAGCAACGUAAAAAGGACUGCAACCCAAACAUUUGCUCUAAUAUUAAGGCUGACGUCUGAGCACUGGACAUCCAUUUGCAUGGACAACUUAAUUUGAGCACUUCUUCCAUGGUGAUCUUAAAAGACAAAUAUCUCUGUCAAUAAUAUCCAAGAUGUAUUUGAUAAUGAGCUAUGUUUUAUUCUUUUUUAAUGGGCAUUUUGGUCUGUUAUAACUGUAACAAUUUCCGAUAUUACCCAGAAAGCUAUUCAACUACUUGAUGAUACUGGUGACUGUGUGAUUUAACCCUCCAUCUCUACUGAAAGAGAAUGCUGCAACAGUGCUUUAGUCUUGUCGAGUUCAGCCACCUCCUAUUAGUACACUUUACUUCAACAGAACAGGUUCUAAAGCUUCAACUUUCAUGCUGAUACCAUCAUCCUCAAUCAACACCAUGUAAACUAAGCUGAAUAACUCAUGUAAUUGUACUGCAUUCUGGAUAUGGGAGUCCAAUGCUGGUUUUUCCCCUUACAUCAACACUGGAUUUCUCAUUAAUAUGAUGUUGAAUGUUGCUGGGAAAUGGCGAAUGAGAAAAGAAGUUGUUGCUCUUUUUGGUUUUAGAAGCCAACAGCAAACCGUUAUCCCUUAUGUUUGAAACUGUUGAAAAUUCAUUGUAACUGCAUGAAGCGAUGUUAACCUGUGACAUCGUUGUCAUCAGCUGUCCAUCGCUAGCAAUGAUGAGUGCUUCAUUAGGAUGCGCAGAAAUGCAGAUGGGCCGUGAGGCCCGCACCAAAGCGACAGAGUUGUCCGCAGCGGUGGCACAAAUGGCCUGGUUUCGUGAGCCCUCGUAUACUCCCUCAGACACUUGACUUCAAUUGCGGACACUGAGCUUUUACGUAUGCUUCGCAGUGUUGCACUAUCCAAGGCAUCCCUUUCCUACAUCUGAUCGAUAACUCCGGCAUUCUUCAUGUUCCUCUUCAAGACGUCUUUGUACCUCAGUUUUUGUCCUCCUUGACUCCUCUUUCCUCAGCUCAGUUCUCCAUCAAAAAUGGCUUUGGGUGCUCACAUGCCAGGCAUGUGCCAGAUGUGUCCAGCCCAACAAAGUUGGGAGGCUGUGAUAAGGGCUUCCUGCUUACUGUACUGGCUUGCCUGAGGACUUCUACAUCAGUGACCUUGUCCUGCCAUUUUAUUUUGAGGAUUUGAUGCAGGUGUCGGAGUUGUAACCUGGUCAGUUUUUUGAAAUGUUUACGGUAGAGUGUCAUGCAUUCGGUGGCGUAAAGCAGAGAUGGUAAGACUGAGGCAUUGUAUACUUUCAACUUGGUGGUUCUCUUGAUGUCAUGGCAAGACCAUAGUUGCUUUUGUAAUGCAUCGAAGGCUUUGGUGGCAGCUUGAAUCUGGCAGUCUACCUCCAAGUCGGAUGAGUUUGUGUUGGUAACUGCACUGCCUAAGUAGAUGAAACUCUCAGAACUCCUAAGAGGCAUUCCAUUGACCAAAAUGAUGUUGUUUGACAUUGCCUGUGGCUCAGGAGAGGGUUGGUACAGGAGUUCUGUUUCCGUGGUAUUGAUUUUCAAUCCAAAGAGGGUUGCAGCUGUGGCAAAACGAUCAAUGAUUUCCUGCAUGUCAUCCAGAUGUGGUCUGAUUUCAGCUCUGAUUUCAGCAACAAUUGCAGAAAACAACAAAAGUGAAAAGAGCACUUCUCAAUUCUGUACAAAUCAGGUAUGAUGCAGUAAAGUGAGAAAUCCAAACUUAGAAUCCUUGAACCAAUCCAAUUAGUCCCCAUUUGCUGUUUGAUGCAAAAUGAAAAUCGAAGAAAAACAUAUCUAGUCAUAUUUGACCGCUCAUUAAAUGUGUAGAGACAUUAAGAAGAAAAAGAAACAAUGGAAAGCUGUAGCAGAGAUUGCUUGUUGGUACCUCUGAUGAGCGUAUGUACCGUAGCUAGUAUAGUUAUCCUGCUUAGCUAAUCUGGCAACAAAGUUAGUACAAAUCCUAGCACGUAACAUAUAAUUCAAACAACCAAUUCUCACACUGAUUAGUGUGUUAUUAAAAUAGUUAGCAUUAGAAGCUAUGUAUCAAUCGAUUCGAUGUUCAUCCUUCGGGGUUGAAGAUGACCAUGACUUCAAUUUGGUGGGUGGUGAUUGUGGGUCUGGAGAUGACUGAUGAAGCCAAUUCAAGCUUUGAAGGUAUGCCCACGUGCCAACAUUUCACAUGCCAAGUUUGAGUACCAUCAGUAUCUUUUUGUUGUAUUUUGACAGCUGAGUGGGAUCCCCGCCAGCCACGAUGUACUCGCCAGGGUGAGAUGAAGCAAGCUAUAUUUGAGGCACCUUUUCUAGCCCCUUCCUCCAUGAAGGUGAGCAGAGUGAAUCCUAAACAGGGCUGCUCAGACACCCAGGCGGCUGCUGAACUCUGCUGUUGAUUUGUUCUAGCAGGGAGUGACCCUAUGCCCUGGGCCACCUGUCUGCAGGUUCAUCACUACAACUUCCAGUGUUUCCGCACCUGCUGCUUUGCCACAUGUCCAUCGCCACAAGACUUGAAUUUGAAUUUAUGACUUGUGCCUGACUUGGAUUAGAGUGAGGGAGAGUUGCACAGCUGUCAGUCUCACUCUCUCGUCCCACCCUAACUGGGUCCAGGGACAAGAGAGAAUCAAGAUGGCUGGAGCUAGGUCAGGAUGCAGUGGAUGGCCAACAGUGUUCUAUGUGUUGCACUGUGCCCUGAUCGCCCUCCACAAAUGCUUUGCUGGGUCUGCCUUCCUUCCUAUUGAACCACCAGGUGGGGGUCUCCUCCACACAGUUUGCCGAGUCCAGUCUUCGGUUGUAACCCUGGCCAGGGGGAGCGAGGGGUUGCUAGUGCUUGCUCAAGGCAUCACCCCAGACUAAUGGAGGGAAGGAGACGUCUUACUACUCCAUUGCACGGCGAUCAAGUAUGGCACAUGCCUACUGCCCUAGAAGCUAUAUAUAGCUAUUAGGCAUGUAACAAUAUAUCAUGCGAUGAUACAUCGUGAUAAAAUUUAUGAUGAUUCAAAUCAAUAAAAUAAAAAACGAAUCACAAUUAUUAUUAGGUUGUGUAAUCUCUUCAUUUUUCCUAGCUGUAAUUGCAUUGUUCAGACAGCAGAGGGCUAAAAUAGCAAGAAUACACAUGGCUUCACUGUUGACAGAAGUAACACAGCUCCAAACAAUGCUGUGUAAACAAACAAACAAAAAAAAAGAUCUAAAAUGUGAAAAGAGCUGUUGUUCAAUUGACUAUACAAAUAGAUUCAACAAGAAAUAAGAGCCAUCUUUUAACAGACUGCCAAAAAAAUAAAGAAAAGCGAAGAAAGGGAGGGAGUUGUUUUGCAUUUAACCUGACUACUAGGAAUGUUUCCAACAAGGAUUUUGAAACAGUGAUGCUUUGACAGCCAAAAUAUUUUGGUGCUGCGAAACUUUUGACACUUUGCUGAACUACAACAUCUGGUGGUUAAUACACAUUCCUACACCAACUGUUUCAUCCUGAAGUUUUGAACAUUGCCAUAUCAGUUUCAGAUUAAUUUGUAUAUAUUGCAUUAUU